AUGGCGAUGCAAAAGCGUUCCAAUAUACGACUACCACCUGAAGUCAAUCGAAUCCUGUACGUCAGAAAUUUACCGUAUAAAAUUACUGGCGAAGAAUUGUACGACAUUUUUGGCAAAUACGGAGCUAUUCGACAAAUCCGACUAGGAACGAAUGCCGAUACGAAAGGUACCGCUUUCGUAGUUUAUGAAGACAUCUUUGAUGCCAAGAACGCAUGUGAACAUUUAUCAGGCUUUAACGUUUGUAAUCGUUACUUGGUCGUUCUAUAUUAUCAGUCUAAUAAGGCCUUCACUAAAAUGGAUAAAGAGAAGAAGAGAUCAGAGCUUGAUCGUAUGAAAGAAAAAUAUGGUGUCAGCACCGAAAACUAG